UUCCCCGCGCCAGCUGUCCCGCAUGGUGCUCCUCGCCUCUCCCGCACCGCUGCGUGCGGCCUCGCGGGCGAUCCCCGCCGCCGCCGUCGCGGCCCCGCAGGCGCGUGGGCUCCACGACCUCGUCAUCAAGCGCCGCACGGGACAGCCCAUCGUGCGCGCCGGCCCUUACGGCGGAGGCCGCAACUCGGUCAGCGGCCACGUCGCGACUGUGUUUGGCUGCACGGGCUUCCUGGGCCGCUACAUCGUCAACCGCCUGGCGCAGAAGGGCACGCAGGUCAUCGUGCCGUACCGCGACGAGGACGAGAAGCGCCACCUCAAGUUGAUGGGCGACCUGGGUCAGAUUGUGCCGCUUGAAUGGGACCUGCGCCGGGACGACCAGAUCGCCGAGUGCAUGCGGCACUCGGAUGUCGUGUACAACCUCGUCGGGCGCAACUACCCGACGAAGCGCUUCAGCCUCGACGACGUGCACGUCUCGGGCGCGGCGCGCAUUGCAUCGCUGGCCGACUCGCUCGGCGUUGCGCGCCUCAUCCACGUCUCGCACCUGAACGCCGACAAGGACAGCCCGAGCGCCUUCCUGCGCGCCAAGGCCGAGGGCGAGGAGGCCGUGCGCCGUGCCUUUGAGGGUGCCACGAUUGUGCGCCCGGGCCCGAUCUACGGCCACGAGGACCGGUUGCUCAACUCCAUGGCCACCUGGCCGGCGACAUGGCGCGUCAACUACGGCGAGACGAAGCUGCGGCCUGUGCACUCGGUGGACGUGGCGCACGCGCUCGAGGUCAUGCUUGAUGCCGAGAACACGUCUAUGGGUCAGACGUUCUCGCUUGCCGGCCCGCGGUCAUACACGAUUGCCGAGAUGAUGCAGCUCGUCGAGGCGCUGACGUACAACAAGAUUGUGCGCCCGGCGCUCAACGUGCCCAAGCCGAUCCUCAUGACGGCCUCGAAGCUGGCACAGCUGGCGUGGUGGCCCAUGCUGAGCCCCGACGAGGUGACGCAGCGCUUCCUCGACUGCAAGCCCGACGAGCCCGGCACGAAGAGCUGGGCCGACCUGGGCAUUGAGCCGGACCUGCUCGAGGAGGUCGCCAUCAUGUACCUGCGUCGCUACCGGUCCAACCUGCACUUCGAGACGCCCAUCGAGACGGGCGGCGCACGUCUCAAGGGCGGCAAGCAGCGCUACCGCGUCAUCGACUGAGUGCCUGCGGCUCCGUCGAUGCGUGGCCUGGCGCAGCACAAUGUCUAGAGAGUGAGGGUGGGGAAAUG